AUGCAACAGCGCCCUAGUGAAACACAAAUAGUCGUAAGCGAUCUUCCCCCAAGUGUCACAGAAGCUGACCUUUAUCAGCUGGCAUCUCAAUACGGUCAAGUUGCAUACAUUAGAGUUCUCAGGCAUAUUGACACAAAGACCUCACUUGGAGUCGCAUUUAUCAACUUUAUCGACACCGCAGCAGUUGAGAAAGCAAGGAACGAGAUGAAUGGGCUAGCUUUCAAAGGCAGAAUCAUCAGAGCUAUGAAGUUCAACAAAGAACGCGACCCUGAAGCAAACAUUUUCGUCAAAAAUAUCCACGAGAGUGUCACUUACAAGGAUCUUGAAAGCCACUUCAAGAGCUUCGGAAAUAUUUUGUCUUCGAAGAUCAGCUUUGAUGAAAACGGGAACUCCAAAAAGUACGGCUUUGUACAGUUCGAGAAAAAAGAGGCAGCCCAAGCAGCAAUUGCAAACGCAAACGGGUCAGCCCUCAAAGGAAGCGAACUGCAAGUAGCGAAAUUUAUCCCUAUCGGCAGCAGAAUGAUAUCGAGCAACAAUAACUUGUAUGUGAGAGGGUUCGGCGCUGAUAUGACAGCUGAAAGAUUUCACUCAGUCUUUUCUUCCUUUGGAGAAAUCACUUCACAUGUCAUUUUGUCGAACAGAGCCAGAGAUGGCACUGACAGGCACUUUGGGUUCGUCUGCUUUGCCAACCCUGAAAAUGCAACAAAGGCCUUAGAAACCUUGAACGGGAAGUCAGAAGACGGGUUCACCUGGUACAUUGCCGUCCACAUGAACAAAAAGAAGCGACUUGCAAUGCUCAGACAAGAAAACGCCAAAAAGCAAGAAGACUGGAAGAGAAGAAACGUCUACGUCAGAGGUCUACCUUUAAACAUUGAUGAAGAAAAACUAAGAAAGCUCUUCGCUGAGUUUGGAGAAAUUGAGUCAGUGAGGAUUCCAAAAGUAGAAAACAUUAGGUAUGAAAACGCAGAAAUGAUCAAAGAAUUCACUGUAAAAGGUGUCGCCUACAUUUUAUUCGCUCAGCCUCAAGGCGCCACAAGAGCAGUGCAAGGAAUGAGAGAUAAGUCAGUAGAGGAAAAGAGAUUAUAUGUAAACCUGUGGAGACCAAGAGAAGAAAUUGCCAAAGCUAUCAACAUCUCGAAGAUGAAGAAGAUGCAAAGCUUCAUGUUCGACUAUGGAAUGAUGCCUGGACCAAUGAUGAUGCCUGGAAGAGGAAGACAAGCAGCUAAAGCAAUGCCUGGAAGAGGAUGGGCUGGUCAGCAGCCAAUGGGAAGAGGCAAGCCACAAGCUUUCCCACCUCAGGCCUUCCCUGCUCAAGGGUUCCCUCCUCAGCAAGGAUUCCCAGUUCAAGUUCCAAUUCCACCUCAGCAAGUAGCUCAGCCAUUAGUUCCAUUGAACUUUGACAUUAAGACUUAUGAAGUUGCACCACCAGAGUUCAAGAAGAGAAUGCUAGGUGAAGCCUUAUACCCAGUCGUGCUAAAGAGUUCAAAUACUAAGAUCGCAGGGAAGAUCACUGGAAUGCUGCUAGAAAUGGACAAUCAGGAGCUAUUUUUGUUAUUAACCAACCCAGAAGGAUUGAAAUUGAAGGUCGGAGAAGCAGUUGACGUGCUCAGAAGAGCGUGGGAAAAUGACCCAGAAAGCUUGAAGCUCAUUGAAGGUUAA